AUGAAUCCUAGUGUUUGGAGCAAGGGUAUGUAUCCUUCCAGCAACAUUUGCCUUGACGGCUGCGCAGCGGAGCACCUCUCCUCUUUUCAACCUGACCCCAAUUCAGAUCUGUCAGGUGCUUCUGUGACCUCGCACAAAGACAGGGAGAACAUAAAAAUGCUACCGGAGAUUUCUUAUUACAGCAGCUGUGACGCUGGUUCAAGUUUGAUCUGUCCCAGCCAGGUGGAGCUCAAUCCGUCCAGAGACACUGAACAUUCGUCCACAAGACGUCAUCCAUUACCUGCAUCUAGUUCUUGUGGUCAACAUGGCUGGAACUUGAACAGUGGUCAUCGAGCAAAGCGUGCCAGAGUAGAAAAUAUCAUCAAAGGCAUGACCAGCUCUCCUGGUAUGCACUGCACAGACGUGACGGCAAAUCAGCACGACGAGUCAGCUGGCAUGCAGGAAAAUGAAAGGAUUCAUGAACUUCCUUUACAUCAGAAAAGAAGUGGAUCUGGCAGCGCGAGUCACAACCAGACGACAAGAAAGCAGCCUGAGUGUCAGCAUCAGCACCUCAGACAGCCCAGAACAAAGUUCAUCCGUGUAGAUGGAGUAACUGACAAUACAGACAGUGGGAACAAAGAGAAAUGUCCCACCUGGCACAAUCCUCCCGACAUAUCUCCACGAGACACAUGUGCCGAUUCAUACAGUGAAUUUGAGAGCAGCUCAAGUAGAAAACAUCAGGGAUGGAAGAAGGUGAAGCUGAUGAACUACUUCCAAUCCAAACCUGAGAGAAUAAAGCUAAUGGCAGAUGUUUUAAAGUACGAACUGUCCAGAGCUGUCAGUAGGAGCGUUGACUCAAUUUUCAAGAGCCUGCCGCUUCUUCAGAUGUCACCAAAUGACGAGAGGAAUGUAGAGACUGAAAGGCCUCAGUCAUCAGGUUGCAAAGAUAAUAAAUUAAGACUUUCAUGUUGUGGGAAUGCAGAGAUGCAAGUCCCACAUGUUCAAACCGAAGCUCUAUCUCUGGUUGUUGAAAAGCCUCGACUGGAAAAGGUCGACAAGUUCAUCCUCCAGUCCAGAUCAAGAGCUCACAAUCGUCCCAAGCCUCAAAUCCCCUUCAGUUAUGACUCUGCUCUGCAUGAAGAAGAGCCGUCAGAACAGAAUCACCGCGCCGCCUGUCCGCACGCCCUCAGAUGCUUGCAAGCCGGAUGCUCUGAGGUUGGUCAAGCAAAGUAUGAAACAUUUGACGCACAGUGGAGUUCUGUGAAAGUGCGAUCAAAGGUCAACUCCAGAUCUGUCAGAAGCCCACAGACUCGUCCUGUGCCAGUGGAUCCGAUGCUUUUGCAAAGCCUGUGUCUCCCUCAUGUCAAGAUUGAGUCCAAUCGCCUGGUGAAGAAUAACCUGUACAUGCUGAACGAGGGUCUAACCACAAAUCAUCUGAAGAAAGCAAAGCUUAUGUUCUUCUACACUCGCUACCCGAGCUCACUUGUACUGAAGAUGUGUUUCCACGAUGUGCAGUUCACGCGCUGUAUCACCUCUCAGCUCAUCAAGUGGUUCAGUAACUUCAGGGAGUUUUACUACAUCCAGAUGGAGAAGUUUGCCCGACACGCUCUCGUUGAAGGAGUGGCCGACGUGAGGGGUCUGACUGUGGGGAGAGAAUCAGAACUUUUCAGAACUCUCAACAUGCACUACAACAAAGCCAACGACUUCCAGGUGCCUGACAGAUUCCUGGAGGUUGCUGAGAUUACACUGCGAGAGUUUUACAUUGCCAUCUCAAUGGGAAAGGAUUGCGAUCCCUCGUGGAAGAAAGCGAUCUACAAGGUGAUCUGUAAACUGGACAGCGACGUACCAGCUGAAUUCAAAACCCAUCGCUCUGGAUGA